CGCACACUCUAAGCAUCUUUUCUUGAUCAUCCCCCGCCCCCCCCCCCUUGCUGAGCCGCAAAAAAGGGUGGGGCCGCCUCUCUGCAGCAGAGACGGCGGCGGCAGCGGCUGCGGCAUCACCAGGGCUAUCGAUACAGCGGAGGAGGCAGCUGGGCUCUUUGCUCUGUCUGGGUUGGAGGUGACCGCUGACAAAUCUUGCUAGGCGGCCAGCUGAAUCAGACGGAAGAGAGACACAAGCCUGUUUGCGAAUCCUGCCCAGCCUUUUCUCUGCGCCAUGGCUUAAGCCCACAGACUUCUUGCCAAGCAGCUCCUUGCUCGGCCGGGGUCUGCGCGACACAGCAGCCGCAGAGAGGGCGCGCCCAGACGCCCUAGGCCUGGACUCAGGGACGCCGAGCCUCUCUUCCAUCCUUCACGGUCCACAGCAGGUCCUCUGCGGAAGGCGUUUGUAGCCGGUAAUCUAGAGACUUUACGGACUUUAAGCUAUACCUCGUCCCCAGGUGCUCUUUGAGGGAGGAGGACGAGGCAAACCGCUGCUAGAGGGAGGAAGCGGUGGGAAACACAUUGGCUGGUCUGGGUUGGGGUUAAAGGGAGAUUGGAGGUUUGAUUUAGGACCACAAAAAGAGACAGGGCAGGUUUUGCGCCUGGCAUCAUGGCGUGGCCCUGCAUCACAAGGGCCUGCUGCAUCGCCCGUUUCUGGAACCAGCUGGACAAGGCGGACAUUGCGGUGCCGCUGGUUUUCACUAAGUAUUCGGAGGCCACAGAACAUCCAGGCGCCCCACCGCAGCCGCUAGCGUCGCUGCAGCCGGCGCUAGCGCCCCCUUCGCGCGCUGUCGCCAUAGAAACACAGCCGGCCCAGGGAGAGUCGGAUGCAGUUGCCCGGGCAACCGGGCCGGCACCCGGGCCCAGCGGCGACCGCGAGACUGCAGCCGCCCCCGGCCGGAGCGGGCUGGGCCUGGGCGCAGCCUCGGCCUCCACUUCCGGCUCAGGCCCGGCGGACUCGGUGAUGCGACAAGACUACCGUGCCUGGAAGGUGCAGCGGCCCGAGCCCAGCUGCCGGCCGCGCAGCGAGUACCAGCCAUCCGACGCGCCCUUCGAGCGCGAGACCCAGUACCAAAAGGACUUCCGCGCCUGGCCGCUGCCCCGCCGCGGGGACCACCCCUGGAUCCCCAAGCCGGUGCAGAUCCCUGCGACUUCGCAGGCUUCCCCGCCUGUUCUCGGAGUGCCCAAGCGUCGGCCUCAGAGCCAAGAGCGCGGGCCCGUGCAGAUCUCAGCUGAAGCCCGGGACCCGGAGGGCGCUGGAGGAGCUGGGGUGCCGGCGGCGGGAAAGGCGUCCGGUGCAGACCAGCGCGAUGCACGCAGGAAGACCGGACCAGCGUGGAUGGUGACUCGUACCGAAGGGCACGAGGAGACGCCCCUGCCCCCUGCCCAGUCCCUGACCCAAGAAGGCGGCCCUGCAGCUGGAAAGGCAUCCGGUGCAGACCAUCGUGACACACGCAGGAAGGCCGGGCCUGCAUGGAUGGUGACUCGCACCGAAGGGCACGAGGAGAAGCCUCUGCACCCAGCCCAGUCCCAGACCCAGGAGGGCGGCCCUGCAGCUGGAAAGGCAUCUGGUGCAGAGGAGCGCGACACUAGGAGGAAGGCCGGACCGGCCUGGAUGGUGCGUCGCUCCGAGGGACACGAGCAGACACCCGCUGCCCAUGGCCAAGCCACAGGACCAGAAGGAGGCAAAGGGCGCGCCGUGGCAGAUGCCCUCAACAGGCAAAUCCGGGAGGAGGUGACAAGUACAGUGAGCAGCUCCUACAGGAACGAAUUCAGAGCAUGGACAGACAUCAAACCCGUGAAACCAAUCAAAGCCAAGCCCCAGUACAAGCCCCCAGAUGACAAGACGGUUCACGAGACCAGUUACAGCGCCCAGUUUAAAGGAGAAGUCAAUAGGCCCAGCACAGUGGACAACAAGGCCACGGACCGCAGAAGAAUACGAAGCCUCUACAGCGAGCCUUUCAAGGAAUCCCCGAAGGUAGAGAAAACUAGUGUUCAGAGUUCCAAACCAAAAAAGACCUCAACGAGCCAUAAGCCCCCGAGGAAGGCCAAAGACAAGCAGGUGGUGUCGGGCCAGGCUGCCAAGAAAAAGACCACAGAGGGCCCCAGUGCCACCAAACCUGACGGCAAGGAGCAAAGCAAAGAGAUGAACAAUAAACUGGCCGAGGCGAAAGAGAGUCGGGUCCAACCCACUGGUGAUGCACAUAAGAAUCAAGGUCCGGUAGCCAAAGAGCCACACAAGGAUCAAGGUCCUGUGGCCCCAGGCCUUCCGAAAGGCCAAGGUCCUGUGGUCCAAGAGCCUCUGAAGGAUCAAGGCCCCAUGGUGUCAGGACUGCCAAAGGAUCAAGUCCCUUCAGUCACAGGAUCCAUAAAGGGUCAAAGCCCUACGGCCCCAGGCCUUCCAAAGGAUCAAGGUGCUGUGCUCUCAGGGCCUAUGAAGGAUCCAGGUCCAAUGGCCCCAGUUCCAGCCAAGGAUCAAGGUCACGUGGUGUCUGAGCCGUUAAAGAGUAAAGAUCCUAUCCUCUUAGCACCAGCCAAAGCCCAAAGCCCUCUGUUGCCAGAGCCUCUGAAGAAUCAGAGUCCUGUGGUUCCAGCAAGAGCUAAGGAUCAAAGCUCCCCAGCACCAGCACCUCCGAAGGACCCAGGUCCCAUGAUCCCUGAGCCUGGGAAAGAUCGAGCCCCCGUGGUCCCAGAGCGUAGGAACGACCAGAAUGCCCCAGUCACGGCACCUUUGAAGAACGAGGCUCCUGUGGUCUCUGAGUCUGUGAAGAAUCAAGGCUUAGCUCACCUAGAGCCGGUCAAAGAAAUAAGUACAGAUACAGUGGUCCCCAGGCAUCUGAAGGGACAUGAUUCUGUGUUUGGAACACCUUUAAAGGACCAAGGUCCCAUGGUCCCUGAGCCAGUAAAGAGCCAAGACCCCAUUAUCCUAGCACUAGCCAAGGAUCCCAUGGUCCCAGAGCCUCCAAAGAAUCAAAGCCCUGUGGUCCUUGGGCCUGUAAAGAAUCAAGACCCCAUAACCCCAGUACCCCUGAAGGGUCAGGAUACCCUGGUGCCAGCCCCAACAAAGGACCUCGGUCCUACAGCCCCUGACCCUCUGAAGGCUCAAGGUCCCAGAGGCCCUCAACUGCCUACAGUCUCACCUUCACCCCCAGUCAUGAUCCCAACAGUUCCCCAUACGGAAUACAUUGAGGGAUCCCCUUGAUUCCCCUGAAGUGUCGUGAAGGAGCUGGCAGUGCAAGUGCACCCCUCCUGGGGAGGCAAAGACAUAUUUAAUCUGCAUGAAAUUGUGCUGUAUAGUCUUGCUGGAAUCUAAUAAAACUGGUCCCUCUGGCU